AUGGCCGAGAACUCAGAAAGUGAAAAAUAUCCUUUACACAAAUGUGUAUUUCAAGGAGACAUUAAAACUUUAAGCUCUUUAAUUACGCCUUAUAAUAUUGCUGAAAAGGAUAAGCAAGGAAAUACACCUUUGCAUUUAGCUGUUAUGUUAGGAAGGAAAGAAUCAGUCCAGUUGUUACUUGCACAUGGAGCACCAGUAAAAGUAAAAAACUUAGCUGGAUGGAAUCCACUUGCUGAAUCAAUUAGUUAUGGGGAUAGACAAACGAUAUCGUCAUUGGUGCGUAAGCUUCAGCAGCAAGCUAGAGAACAAAUGGAAGAAAGAAGGCCAAAUUUAGUUGCAACAUUAAGACAAAUGGGUGACUUCUACAUGGAAUUAAAGUGGGAUUUUCAAAGUUGGGUUCCACUUGUUUCACGAGUACUUCCAUCUGACAUUUGUAAGAUACAUAAAAGUGGGGCAUCCAUUAGAAUGGAUACUACUUUAGUAGAUUUUAAUGACAUGAGGUGGGAGAGAGGUGACAUAUCUUUCAUUUUUAAUGGUGAUCAGAAGCCAAGCAAAUCAUUAACAGUACUAGACAACAAAGCUAAGCUUUUCCAAAGAGUGAGAUACGAGGAAACGGAAUUAGAAAUAGAAGAUGAGGUUGAUAUUCUUAUGUCAAGUGAUAUUAUGGCUGCCCAAAUGUCAACGAAAGGCAUUACAUUCUCAAGAGCGCAGACAGGCUGGAUAUUUCGUGAAGACAAAAGGGAGAUGGUAGGACCUUUCCACGCGGACUUUUAUCAAAUCAACGGAAUGGUUUUGGAAAGUAGGAAACGACGGGAACAUUUAAGCGAGGAAGACUUGCAAAAGAAUAAGGCUAUCAUGGAAUCGUUAACAAAAGGACAUUCACAAGGAUUUGCAAACGGAGAGCCUCAUGUGAGAAGAGCUUCUCUGAAUCCACCACCAGAAUCAAACAUUACUUGGGAGGAGUAUAUUAUGGCUCCACCUGGUCAAUGCCCACUUCUAGGAAGAAGUUUAGUUUACAAGGAAAGUAGUAAAUCAUUUAAAGCAACAGUCGCCAUGAGUCCAGAUUUUCCACUGACAGUUGAUAUGUUACUCAAUGUUCUGGAAGUAAUCGCGCCUUUCAAGCACUUUAGCAAGUUACGACAGUUCGUCCUUAUGAAGUUACCACCUGGAUUUCCCGUAAAAAUUGAUAUACCUAUUUUACCUACAGUGACAGCAAAAAUCACUUUUCAAGAGUUUGCCUUUCGUAAUGAUAUAGAUCCACAAUUGUUUCAAAUACCAUCAGAUUAUUUUGAAGAUCCAAUGAGAUUUCCAGACUUAUGACGGCUUCACAAUCUGAGAACAGUGCAAGUCAAUUAUGAAAUUAAAGAGAAGGUCGUUGUUCCCUUGCAAAAGUAUUCAACUUUUAAGUUUUUCUUGACAUAUUGCUGCCAA